AUCACUGAAGAUGAGGCUGAGCACCAGGUGAACGUGCAGCGGGAGCAGUCCUUUACACCGGGCCUAGGAGAAGCCUGUUGCUAGGAGAUGGGCGGCCGGAAGCGACUGCCGUUACCCGGAAGCGCUUUUGCGGAAAGAUGGCGAGCCGCCGCGAUGCCCCAGACCUGCCGAACUUUGACUUCUUGAAACGUCUCGCCCGGGACCAGUUGGUCUACUUGUUGGAGCAGUUACCGGGAAAGAAGGAUUUGUUCAUUGAAUCUGAUCUGAUGAGCCCACUGGACCGGAUUGCAAAUGUCUCCAUCCUGAAGCAACACGAUGUGGAGAAGCUGUACAAACUGGAAAAUAAGGUGGUUCAGGCAGUCAGUGACCAAUUAUGUUUUCUUGUCCGUCCUCGGAUUUCCAGUGUAAAGCAUAUAGCAGAGAUUGUCAAAGUAGAUAAAGCGGAUAGCAGGUUGCGCAAAUACAAGAUCAUCUUCACUCCUCAGAAGUUCUAUAUGUGUGAGACAGUACUGGAGGAGGAGGGAAUCUUUGGAGAUGUGACAUGUGACGAGUGGUCCUUUCACCUACUCCCCCUGGAUGAUGACAUCAUAAGCAUGGAGUUGCCUGAGUACUUCCGUGACUAUUUUUUGGAAGGUGACCACCGCUGGAUAUAUACCGUGGCGAAGGCUUUGCACAUACUGCACUCUCUGUUUGGACCAUUCUCCAAGACCUACGGGAUUGGCCGCUGUGCAAAGAUGACCUACCAGUUGUGGAAAGAAAUUGUGGAGGAGACUGAGGGUGAACCAAAACCACAGCAGGCCAGCAUUGGCCGAGUUUUCUUCAUUGACCGAGAUGUGGAUUACGUUACCACCAUGUGUUCGCAAGUUGUGUAUGAGGGACUUGUGGAUGAUGUAUUCCGAAUCAAAUGCGGGAGUGUGGACUUUGGCUCUGACGUAACAUCUUCAGAUAAAAGUGUGAAACUGUUACUGAACUCUCAGGAUAAGGUUUUCCAAGAGAUUCGGAAUGAACACUUCUCUAACGUGUUUGGGUUCUUGAGUCAGAAAGCAAGAAGGCUCCAAAAGCAAUACGAUAAACGCCAAGGGAUGGACAUUAAACAAAUGAAGGACUUUGUGUCUCAAGAACUGAAGAGUUUGAAGCAGGAGCAUCGAUUACUGAGUCUUCAUAUUGGAGCCUGUGAGUCGAUCAUGAAGAAGAAAACAAAGCAGGACUUUCAGGAGUUGCUGAAGUCUGAGCACGCACUGUUGGAAGGAUUCGGGAUCAGAGAGAGCACCAGCUGCAUUGAAGAGCACAUUAACAGGCAGAUUUCUCCCCUUGAGAGUCUUCGGCUGAUGUGUCUGCUUUCACUAACAGAAAGUGGUCUGAUUUCUAAAGAUUAUCGAUCAUUGAAAACACAAUAUCUGCAGAGUUAUGGAUACGAACACCUCCUGACAUUUGCCAACCUGAAACAAAUAGGAUUGCUGACAGAGCAGCAAGCUGGAGAAACACUGACGGCGAUGGAGAGCACCAUGGGGAAGCUGGUGACGGACAAAGCAGUGGGGAAGUUGACUGAUGCCUUCUCAUCUCUGGCCAGGAAGAGUCAUUUCAGAGCCUUGAGCAAGCGACUAAACCUGAUACCCCGCACAGAGGAGGAAUAUGAUUUGAAAGUGCCACGGGACAUGGCCUAUGUAUUUAGUGGUGCAUACAUUCCACUGAGCUGUAAGAUCAUAGAACAGGUGCUGGAACGUGACAGCUGGGCAGGAAUGGAAGAAGUGUCGCGUUUAUUAAACAGCAGUGAAUUUGUCACCAUUGAAAGAACCGAUGACGCAACAUCCAGCAGCAGUGCACAGCGGGUCAUUCUCGUGCUUUUUCUGGGAGGCUGCACCUUCUCAGAAAUCGCUGCACUGAGGUUCCUGGGCAAAGAGAAAGGAUAUAAGUUUGUUUUUGUUACCACGGCAAUCACAAACAGUUUUCGGAUGCUGGAAUCUCUGUUGGAAACACACGUGUAAAAAUGCGUCAGCCAUUUCCAAGCAAGGCCUCGGUGAAGGAAAUGUGCAGAGGAUGGUGGGGGAGGGGUGGGUUGAUGAGACUGCUUAAAACUAGUAAUAAAUGCAAAAGCAAAAUCUCCCUUGACCCCUUCUUAAGUCAGCUGGAUGGAGUCUUGGCAGUGAAAGUCAAGUUCUGAAGGAACCUUGGACAUGGCCCAAGUAUCUCCAUCUUGGCUACCCUCUUGGUGCCUAUAAGUUGGAUACACAGUGUGAGUAAAGAGCUCAGUUUACUUAUCUCCAAUUCUUUAAUAGGUAGGCAGAAGAAUUUAUGAAUGCAACUUCUGUUUCAGGGAGCGCACGAUAUAGAGUGAUAAACAAGGUGCAAUUACCUGGGCAGAAGCCUUGAAAGAACUGGAUUUGAAUAGCAGCAAACAGAAACAUGAGGAAAUAGGAACUGGCCUCUCAAAGUGGCUCAGUCAUUCACUAAGUCUGUGGCUGAAUUGCCUGAUCCCAGAAUCUGUGACUGCCCUAUAGACGAUUGGGACAAACUUUAGGAUCAGCUUAAGUUUGGAGAUCAGAAACAUAAACACCUCUUUAUUUAGCACCUGAAGUCUUCAUUUACAAUGAAGUGUUGCUGGGGAUUAUUCCUUUGGAAAAUGAUGUAGAUCAGUUUGGGCACAAGAAGCUGCAACAGAUCCUCACCAGCUAAUCUGGUUUUGAUGAAAUGAUGUUUGAGGGAUAAAUGUCUGCUUGACACUGGGUGAUAUCCCUGCUUUUCACUUUGAAUAGUGGUGGAGUAGGGCUGCUUCACUAAAUCUUUGAUCACAGAGGUGAUAUCAAAACCUAAUACAACAAAUCAUUCAUUUUGAUGCCAAGUGUAAUUUAUUUGAUUUCAGAAAAAUGUGCCAGAAUAUUUUACAGUAAUAUGUGGUGUGGAGAGAGGAGAAAUGAUAGAGAAAAGUAAUUUGUUUCAUCUGAACCAAGGUCUUCAGUGAAACAGUCUGUUGUAAGUCCAUUUUCCUGCCCCACUGUACUUAUUCAUUCCUCCUCUUAAAAUCAAAGUGUACAACAAUAUGAAAUGUUAGAUGUACCAGUUACCUAUUCUGAAUCAAACUCUAGCAGUUACAAUAAGAUGUGUGAUCUCAGCACAACCAACAGGAAUCAUUGUCAUGUUUCUGAGGACUUUUGUCUGUAGAGUGCUAGCUUUAAAACUAUGAAAUCACACUUUGCACUGAUCUAAACUAUUUUAUGUACGCAAUGUGACAAUAAAGAAAAAAUGUUUUAUUAUGCUUGA